GAUGCCCCCUACAUGUUGGGUCAACGAACCGACGGAACCCUGCGGUCAAUGGGAGUUUUUUUAGACGCAGCACUCAUGCAUGCUCCCAAGUUUUUGGGGUGGCUGCCAGCGGCGACGCUGCCCUGUAACUGGACAACGGCAUGGAAUGUGCUCUUUGGACUGGAGGGGAGAGCAGUCGGACCGGGAACAUGGGUCCUUGUCCAAGGAACCGGUGGCGUGAGCAUCGCUACCCUUCAGCUUUCCACAGCAGCUCGUGCCACAGUAGUGGCCACUACAUCAACGGAAGAGAAAAUGACUCGCCUGGAAGGGCUCGGGGCAGUGAAAACAGUAAACUAUCGCUCCAACCCUAAAGGCAGGGGUCGAGAAGCUCGAAGCUUCACACCUAAUGAGAGAGGAUUCGACAUUGUCGUUGACAUAUGCGGCAAUCAAACUCUUUCGCAGUCAUUGGAGGCUGUUAGGACGGAUGGUAUUGCUUUAAUGGUGGGUAAGGUUGCAGAUGAUGCUGAUCCAAUAUCCUUGUCUGCAGUAUUCAUGUAUACCUGCAUUUUCCGUGCGUCAUUGGCAGGGAGUCGUUCUCAUUUUCGAGAGCUUGUGCGCUACAUUGAUGAGAAAGGCAUAGUGCCUGCAAUGGAUGAUGUUGUGUUUGAACUAGCUGAGUUUAAGGAUGCUUACAGGCGCCUUAAGGAUAAGAAGCACUUUUCAAAAGUUGUAAUUCAAGUUGCUCAAUGUCUAGAUAGGAAUAAAUAG